GCAUCGCACCAUGCCUUAAUGGUUAAAACAUUAUUGUACAAGUUAACUUUAGUCUUUAAAAAAUAGACGUUUGUGUAAGCUAUGGGUGGGUGCAGCAAUAUGGCGCUUAAGUAUAGAGCGUCAAAUUGGGUGUACCAAGAUGGAAUGUUUAAGUCUAUUUCUGUCACGUGACAAGUGAGAAAAUGGCGGCAGUUACGGAUGAUGCAGAUCUGGAGACCUCACUACUGAGCUUUGAGAAACUGGAUCGAGCAUCACCAGACUUGUGGCCUGAGCAGCUCCCAGGAGUUGCAGAGUUUGCUGCUUCUUUUAAAAGUCCAAUCAAAAGCACACCUCGUAAAUGGAUGGCAGAACUUGAGAAUGAUGACAUAGAUAUGCUGAAAGAGCUGGGAAGCCUUACCACAGCCAACUUGAUGGAGAAGGUGCGGGGCUUGCAGAACCUUGCCUAUCAGUUGGGACUGGAUGAAUUUCUUUAAUUUCGUCUGGCUCUCUGAGGUUUCCGACACACUGUAAAUUUUCUGAACUUUUUCAUUAUCUGCAAUUUCAUUCUGAGCUCUGGAUGGGAUUGGAGCGAGAAUCUGGAUUUACAGCAGAAAUAAACAUGAAGCCUAUAAAGUCUG